AACUUGAGUGGCCUCCGGAAGCAACCACACACCCUCGACUAUAGCUCAGUUCCUCGUCUCCACUAAGAAACGUGCUCUCUCCAUUUGGAUAUUACUAGUGAGCAUUCUUUAAUAUGUGUACUUCUAAUAUAUUGCCAGGGCGAAGUCCAUAUAUAUCUUCUUCUGCAUCCUUGAAGGCUUGAAGCAAAGGGGGAAUUGGUCAGAGCUCUCUCAGUGACGGAGGAAAAGGGGACAGACAGAGAUGGCCGGAGGCAUCAUGGUUCCGAGUGAUGGCCCUGCCGCGGGCUACGGCGGAGGCCUGACGCUGUCGGUGUUCAUGUCCUGCCUUGUGGCAGCCUCGGGCGGCCUGAUCUUCGGCUACGACAUCGGCAUCUCAGGCGGUGUCUCUGAAAUGGAGCCGUUCCUGAAGCGCUUCUUCCCGCACGUCCUCAAGCGGAUGGCGGAGACGAAGGGGAACGAGUACUGCCUCUACGACAGCCAGACGCUGACGGCCUUCACGUCGUCCCUGUACGUCGCCGGGCUGGUGGCGUCGCUCGUGGCCAGCCGCGUGACCAAGGCGAUGGGCCGGCAGGCCGUCAUGCUCAUGGGCGGCGCCCUCUUCUUCGCCGGCGGCGCCAUGACCGGCGCGGCUGUGAACAUCGCCAUGCUCAUCGUCGGGCGCAUGCUGCUCGGCUUCGGCAUCGGGUUCACCAAUCAGGCCGCUCCUCUGUUCCUCGCUGAGAUGGCCCCUUCCCAGUGGCGCGGCGCCUUCACGGCCGGCUUCCAGUUCUUCCUCGCGCUCGGCGUGCUCAUCGCCAACCUCACCAACUACGCCACGGCGAACGUCUCCUGGGGCUGGCGCCUCUCGCUGGGCCUCGCGGGCGCACCGGCCAUCGUGAUCUUCAUCGGCGCGCUCUUCCUCACCGACACCCCCAGCAGCCUCGUCAUGCGAGGCCAGGUCGACCGCGCCCGCGACGCGCUCCUCCGGGUGCGCGGGCCCGGUGCGGACGUGGACGCCGAGUUCAAAGACAUCGUAAGGGCCGUGGAGGUUGCGCGCCAGAGCGAGGACGGCGCGUUCCGCCGGAUGGCGACGAGGCGCGAGUACCGCCCCCACCUGGUGCUCGCCGUGGCCGUGCCCAUGUUCUUCCAGCUCACCGGCGUCGUCGUGCUCGCCUUCUUCUCGCCCCUAGUGUUCCGCACCAUCGGCUUCGGCAGCAACGCCGCUCUAAUGGGCGCCGUCAUACUCGGCGCGGUGAACCUGGGCUCCCUCAUGCUCUCCACCCUCGUCAUCGACCGAUACGGCCGCAAGGUGCUCUUCAUGGUGGGCGGCAUCCAAAUGAUCAUUUGCCAUGUUGCGGUUGCUUGGAUCAUGGGCGCAAAAAUCGGCAAGAGCGGCGAGGCGGCCAUGGCGAGGCCGUACGCGGUGGCGGUGCUGGUGUUCACGUGCCUGAACAGCGCCGGGUUCGGGUGGUCGUGGGGGCCGCUGGGGUGGGUGGUGCCGAGCGAGAUAUUCCCGGUGGACAUCCGGUCGGCGGGGCAGUCCAUGAACGUGUCCAUCGGCCUCUGCCUCACCUUCGUGCAGACGCAGUCGUUCCUCGCCAUGCUCUGCCGCUUCAAGUACGCCACCUUCGCCUUCUACGCCGCCUGGGUCGCCAUCAUGACCGUCUUCAUCGCGCUCUUUCUGCCGGAGACCAAGGGCAUCCCGCUCGAGUCCAUGGGCAUCGUCUGGGUGCGGCACUGGUACUGGAAGCGGUUCGUCCAGAACCAAGGAAAUAGCGGCCAGACAUCAACCUGAAUAAUACGGUGCGGUUGUUCUUGAAAUGCCGAUAUGCGGCAAUGCGCUAUAUCUUGCUGUGUAAUUUGUCAGUAGCGAAGUUCAUUUUCCAGUGUGUUAUACUAUUCCACUCGCUCUCCAUACUUUUUUAUUUGAUGUUUUUAUCUUUCUACAGUUCCAAUAUGUAUUUAUAACUUUAUGUUAGUAUUUGGUAAUAAAAUUAUAAUAUUAUGAAAGUAUGUUAAUGACA